AGCCAUCAAAGCAACAAAAGCUGGAGGGGCUGAAUUCAAAGGAGCACCGACUUCCUGGAGCUGCAGCAGGAGCAAGCUUGCUAACUGCGGAAAAAAUAACAGUCAAUGGAAGCGUCGCUGUAAAGUUGAAAACCUCAUACAGAUGGGUCCAAAGCACCCAUUUUGUACAACAGAUAUGUCAAAUAGCAUCGGUCCUAGACGCAUUUAAUCCGGGUAUCGUCCAGGCUCCAUGUCUCAAUAUUACUGCGCCGAUGUGGGGAGGUCCACGGUGCGGGGUUGUUACUUGCAUCCGUAGGCUUUAGGCCACCAAGCGGCCUAAACGCAGUCACUCAGAUCAGUGACAUCUAGCUAGUUAGUUUUAACAAUACAUGGAUAUUUAUAUCCUGUAACCUUUCAACAGGCUGUAGUUAGUUGUGUGUUUAUGGCACUUAGUUGGCUAACUGAGUGUAACACAGUUAGCUGGCUUGCCAGCGUUAGCUAAUGCUAGCUCGUUUUGAGUUGCGCUGUAGGUUGCUAGCUAGCUAAUAUUAAAUCUGGACAGCUAAGUUAGCAAGCUAGUUAAGUUUUUUAAAGUCACAAUUUCUCCAUUUGAGUUGUUUAUUUUUAUUGCAUACGUUUUAUUGUUUAUUUCAAAAACCUAUAAUUCGGCUAGAAAGGCUGCACCUCCUGAAUGUUUGCUUCAUUUUAGCUAGAUAGCCAUAUAACUCGGAAUUUGUAAUAUAGCAAUGUCUACACCUUCCGCCGAUAUGCUUGAAACCCCACCUGGAUAUCCCUUUGAAGAGAUAGAAUAUGGGGAUAUUGAGGUUGAAGAGGUGGUUGGAAGAGGAGCUUUUGGCGUCGUCUGCAAAGCUAAAUGGAGAGGCAAGGACGUAGCCAUCAAGACGAUAGAGAGCGAGUCCGAGCGAAAAGCGUUUAUAGUCGAGCUUCGACAACUUUCGAGGGUGAACCACCCCAACAUCGUGAAGCUUUAUGGGUCAUGUAAUAACCCAGUUUGCCUUGUAAUGGAAUAUGCUGAAGGUGGAUCUUUAUAUAAUGUGCUGCACGGAGCCGAGCCCCUCCCCUACUACACCGCCUCUCACGCCAUGAGCUGGGCCUUACAGUGCUCCCAGGGAGUCUCCUAUCUCCACGGCAUGAAGCCCAAGGCCCUCAUCCACAGGGACCUCAAACCACCAAACCUGUUGCUGGUGGCGGGCGGGACGGUGCUGAAGAUAUGUGACUUUGGGACGGCCUGCGACAUUCAGACGCACAUGACCAACAACAAAGGAAGCGCAGCCUGGAUGGCCCCGGAAGUGUUUGAAGGCCACAAUUACAGCGAGAAGUGCGACGUCUUCAGCUGGGGGAUCAUCCUGUGGGAGGUCAUCACGCGCCGGAAGCCCUUCGACGAGAUCGGAGGCCCCGCCUUCCGCAUCAUGUGGGCCGUGCACAACGGUACGCGGCCUCCCUUGAUCAAGAACCUUCCGAAGCCCAUCGAGAGCUUGAUGACGCGCUGCUGGUCCAAAGACCCUUCACAGCGUCCCUCCAUGGAGGAGAUCGUGAAGAUCAUGACCCACCUCAUGAAGUACUUUCCAGGAUCUGAUGAACCCCUGCAGUAUCCCUACCAGUAUUCAGAUGAUGGUCAGAGUAAUUCCGCUACCAGCACAGGGUCCUAUGUGGACUACACCUGCACCAGCACCAGUAACAGGAGCGACAUUAACAUGGAACAGGGAGACUCUCAGGGGAGCAACGACACCAUCAAGAUCAUGGAGACGAAGUUUGCACCUCCGUUCAAACCAAAGGGCGACGCGAUGUGGAGCCUCCCCCUGUCCAGAGGGGGCAGUGUGGAGAGCCUCGCGGGGCGGCCGCAGUGCCUGGCGUCGUCUGACAGCAAGCGAAUGAGCACCGACCUGUCGGAGCUGGAGCACAGGAUGCCCUUCGGACCCGCAGCACGCCCCCAGCAUAAGCGAGGCCACCGUAAAACCGCCUCGUUCGGCACCAUUCUGGACGUUCCCAAGAUCGUCGUCACAGCCACGUGCGAGUCCCAGAGACGCAGAUCCGUGCAGGACCUCCCGGGGAUCGGCACCGAGUCCAGCCAGGGGAGCCGGAACAGCAGCAGGUCCUCCAGCCCCAGCAUGAGGAUGGUCACGUCGGACAAGACAGGCAGGGGCUACAGCUUCUCUCCAGACGACCCCUCAGAUUCAAACGGAUCAGACAACUCCAUUCCCAUGGCUUAUUUGACACUGGACCACCAGCUACAGCCUCUCGCGCCCUGUCCGAACUCCAAAGAGUCCAUGGCCGUCUUCGAGCAGCACUGCAAAAUGGCCCAGGAGUACUUGAAGGUGCAGACGGAAAUCGCCCUGCUGCUACAGAGGAAGAAAGAGCUGACGGCCGAGCUGGACCAGGAUGAGAAGGACCAGCAGAACGCCUCGCGCCUGGUGCAGGAGCACAAGAAGCUGAUGGAGGAGAACAAGAGCCUGUCCACGUACUUCCACAAGUGCAAGAAGCAGCUGGAGCUGAUCCGCGCGCAGCAGCAGAAGAGACAGGGCACCUCGUGACCGCGCCCCCCUCCCCUGGCCCCCCCCCGGCCCCCCUCCUCACAACAGAUCACCCCCCCCUCCUCCCCUCCCCUCGAAUGCCUGUCCAAACCCCCUCCCCCCCUCCCUGCCGCCCACCCUCCUCCCCCUUCCCCUUAACAUGUGGGACAUGGGUAAUAGGUUGCCUUGGUCUAUAGGUUACUGGCUUUCUUGCACUGUAAGAGACCUAUGAUCUACUGUGUUGGAGCAUGCUGCAUUGUGUACCUUCAUGAUGUGACUUCAGAACAAGGGGGGGGAAGGGGAGAAUUCGAAUGGGUGGGAGGGGACGGGGCGUCAUUCCCAUUGACAAUCAAGGCCCCCCCGCCGCGUCCCGGUAACUCAUAACGAAUGCCGAAGUUGCGUCUGCUCGGUGCUGACGCAGCAGGCAACGAACGCGCAUCGCGUGGGGGGGGGGGGGUGUCCCAGAAUUCCUCAUUAUAGCGAGAGCGUAGGACACAGGAGGGUGUUUAACACCCCCAGUCAGGGCCUCCGAGAGUACCGCAGGUCGAGAGUCUGAGACGCUGGCGGUUCUGGGAUCCUGUUGGCUCGGGCAGAAGCCAGGGGAGGGCGGGUCUCCAACCUCACCCCACGUGUCUCAGAUUCUCGCAAGAGCACACGGACCAGCGGGUCAGUCGGCGUGCAAAUUAUUCCCCCCUGCCCCCCAAUCAAAGAGAAAUGGGUUGGGAUUCGAUGGCCACGUUUCCACUAGAACGUCGCCAGUGCAUUUUAACUGAACAGGCUGUGCGCAACACUCACCAAACCGAUUGUUUUAAAUGUCGCAUAUUUGAUUGUAUACCUUUUCGCCUUUGUGGGGAAUGUGGCCGUUGCUAGGGUACCUGAGGGCCAUCUCGGUUUUGUCUGGGGGCAAAUGCUCAGUGGUAAAUGUUCUCCCUCUGUAAAGAAUUUAAUGUGAACAUAAGCAGAGCAAGUGACAUCUGCCACAACCUUUUCACUAACAUGAAAUGUUUGUAGAUGUUCUUGAUUUUAUUUUAUUUUUUAAUGGUGGAUGUAUUUUAAGUAUAGCUUUAAAUGAACAUGGGUCAAAUAUCCAGAGAAAGACAAGGAAUGUAUGGUGAGCACGUUUCAAUACAAACCUUGUAUUUGUCUCUACAUGCUGAGAUGCAAGACUUGUUCUAGUUCCAUUUUCUUCGGGUUUUUUUAAACAACGCAACCAAAUAAAUCCCGCGAUUGUGAACCCUUCCUGCGACGCCUGAAAUGCUCCACGUUUUUGUUCCAUGAGAUCUCCAAUUACUUAAACUCAUAAUUAGCGAUUCUAAAUGAAUUCUGGUGAAAACAGGCUCAGUGCAGUGUACCUGGUACUUUAAACUUCAGACAGCUGUGAAUGAUGUCAGAUUUUGGCUUUGCAGGAACCGCGUUUCACACGCAAGACUAAAAAACGAAAAGCUCUUUGCCUGUCGUCUGCUGAACACGCUAAGGGAGAGGUGACGCUAGACUCACGUGUAUCAUGGUUUCGUCGUUCUUUUUCCUUUUGCCGUUUCUUUUCUGUGAAAUAGCUGGUUUCGUAUGAUACGUAGGCCGGUUUGUGGACGGUAGCUUUGGUCUGGUACGUCAUAACAGAAAGGCGUCCUCCGCCUCAACACAGUACGUUUUGUUUACUUUUAGUUCACAGAGAUGCCUUAGAAUUGUACCGCUUGCAAUUUGAAGUAUUUCCUUCGUUUUUUGCCGUACCGAAAGCUUGUCAAAUUGCACCUCGUGUAACAUAAUUAGCCGUCUGAAAAAAAAUGUGACUUUUACUACUCCGGGAGUUGCAUAUGCAAAUGAACAAACCAGGAAGCAGAAAGGUGAUGCCCCUGCUUGUUCGCUGUAAUUUCAGUUUUGAAGAUAUGCUGCAAGAGAAAUCUCGUUCACUUUAGAAUUUCCGAAACCAGGAGAGUCACUCAUGCAAUGAACGAAUGAACCUGCUCUGCUUCAGCGUAGCUGAGGAGACCACCUUUAAUUUAAGUGUGUACCUUUGUACUGUUUAAUUUUACAUGCGCUCUAGAGGCCCCUCAAGUGUUUUGCACAAUCAGAUGGUUUUACUGAACACCCGUUAGCAAAUAAUUAUACAGUUCGAGUCUUGUAUGUGAAAACAGCCGUUUUAUUAUACAAGCCAAAUAAAUAGUAACUUAUCAAUAUGUAUAGAAUACAUAUUUAAACAAUUCAUUUAUGAUAUGCAGUGAGGUUUUUUCCCCACAGAUUUUUUUUUAAGGUUUUGAGUUCACGCUAUACUAUUUACUAUGUACUGUAUAUAAAAUGUCUGAUUUCUUAAACUAUGGAUAUGGGAAUAAAUCAGUGGAAACAUGAACUGUGGUGAAAUAAAGGGAUUAAAGAAUG